GGAGCAUGAAGAUAUUUUCUCUACCCCAUCAGCCACCGGUAGCAGAGAAUACUCCUAAUGGAGCCCCAGACCAGUUGGCAGAACCAAGUUUUAAGGCUCUUCAAAAAGGCCUGGCGGGUAGGGGUGGACCUCAUCUCCAGCAGAAUAUUCCAAAGAGCAGUGGCCACAGCAGAAAACGUGGUGGACCCCGCCAGUUACAGACCAAAGUAAAUCUUUUCUGCUGGAUGGGCCAGUCCCACUGGGGCAAGAUGGCUCCUCAGAUACCCUGGACCCUUUCAUAAAAGGCCUUAAAGAUAAUAACCAGCACCUUGAAUUAGAUCCAAAAGCAAAUGCAACCAGUGCAGCUUGCCCAGCUGCUAUUUUACAUGAGUCAUUCAAGGGGCCUCCAGAAAUAUCCCCAACAUUGUGUUCUGUACCAAUUAAUAGAUUGGCAGGAGAGAGGGGAAAAAAACCCUGAAUUAGAGAUGGUCAAGGUAUAUCAAAUAAACUGCUUUGAUUGACUGGUACAAAAGAUUGACAAUGUCAAAAAUGGCUAGUAUUUACUAAUUAUGUCCAGACCGGGGGUGAAAUUUAGCAGGUUCUGACAGGUUCUGGAGAAUCGGUAGUGGAAAUUUUGAGCAGUUUGGAGAACUGGUAGUGGAAAUUUUGAGUAGAUGGGAGAACUGGCAAAUGCCACCACUGGCUGGCCCCAGAGUGGCGUGGGAAUGGAGAUUUUGCAGUAUCCUUCCCCUGCCACGCCCACCAAGCCAAGCUCACAGAACCGGUAAAAAAAAUUGAAUUUCACCACUGGUCCAGACCACACCUGCAAAUUAGUCCGGUACCUGUCAAUAAGGGCGUUCCCCGCGCCGUUAUAAAGCAAAACGCAGAGUCACCAUCGCCUGGACGCUUGUCAUCAGUACCCUCCGCUCUCAGGAGAGGAAGGAGGGAGGCAACCCACAGCCCAGCCCGGGACGGGUCCUGGAAGAAACUUAAAGACGGUAGUGAAGAGCGGCGGUUCCAGCUUUCCUCAUGGGGCGCUACACGGGCAAGACGUGCCGGCUGCUCUUCAUGCUAGGAAUGACAGCGAGCUUUUUCGUGACCGAGCUGGUGUCGGGCUACGUGGGCAACUCGAUCGCGCUGGUCUCCGACUCCUUCGCCAUGCUCUCCGACGUGCUGGCUCUCUGCGUGGGCAUCGUCACAGGACGCCUGUCUCACCAACGCCGACGCCGUCCGGGCGCCUCUUACGGCUCCGGACGGGCCGAGGUGGUGGGCGCCCUCUGCAACGCCGUCUUCCUGGCCGCCCUCUAUUUCACCAUCCUGCUGGAAGCGCUGCAGCGCCUGGCGAGGCCGGAAUCCCUCAGCAACGCCACGCUCAUCCUCGUGGUAGGCACGAUCGGCCUGGCCAUCAAUGUCGUGGGGCUCCUCGUCUUCCAGGACUGGACCUGCUGCUGCGGUCGAGGGUCGCCGCCCCCGCCCUAUCUUAGCCCCGAGGACAAGAGCUCAAGCCGAACCGUCGCUGGCAGCUCGAUCGCCUUAGAAGGGAUGGUGGAAAUGAGCGGCAGCGCCUCUGAGCCCCGCCCGAAAGCAGGUGAUUCUGCGGAUACCCAGAAAAAACCUGAAGAGAAUAAGAAACAGAAAACAGAAAAAAAGUCUGAAGCCUUGAACAUCAGAGGCGUUCUUUUGCAUGUGAUGGGAGAUGCUCUUGGCUCCGUUAUUGUUGUGGUUGCUGCUUCCAUAUUCUAUAUACUUCCUCUGGAUGAGAACACACCUUGUAACUGGCAGUGUUACAUUGAUCCAAGCCUGACCAUUGUUAUGGUGUUUAUCAUACUGUCUUCAGCCUUUCCACUUAUCAAGGAGACGGCAACCAUUUUGUUACAAAUGGUCCCCAAAAAUGUGAAUAUGCAAAUAUUGGCAAACAAAUUAUUGGAGGUGCCAGGCGUUAGCAGCAUUCAUGAGUUGCAUGUCUGGGAAUUUAUCAAGGGGAAGAACAUUGCCACACUCCACGUCAAGUGUCACUCUACUUCUGACUACCCCGUUGCUUCCUACAAAAUCAGGGAGGUGUUCCAUGAAGAAGGGAUCCAUUCAGUGACCAUCCAGCCAGAGUACCUAGACCACGAUUGUCCUAAGGUCCUGUGCAGUACACCAUGUAUCUCCAGAUCCUGUGAUCCUCAGUUGUGCUGCAACCAAAAGGAUGCUCUUCUUUCGCAGAUGAAUGGUUACAGUGAAACAAUAGGCAGCUUUUCUCCAUCACUAAAGAAAGUCUUCCAAAAAAAAGAUGCCAUAGAAAUUCCUGUUGAACCCACAUGGGCUGAAGACAUGGUCAAAAGGAACAGUUGCUCCAAGGACAGUUACAAAGAAAAAAGUGAAACAAUGCCACAAAUAAAUAGCACUCAAUUUUAGACUUUGGGGUAAAUAUAUUCUAAAUAUUGUCUCAAAAAAAAGUUGGGGAGCUUCCUUAUACAAAGCUUCCUUUGGUUGAAAAAGAAGUAGUUGUUGGCAAGAGUUUGCCAUGUUUCUGGGAGGCAGUAGUUGAAAGUUGAAUACCAAGUUGAAUACCAAGUUGAAUACCAAGUACUACAACUAAAACAGAUGCCAUUGGUUUCUUCUAAGGUCUAGUUGAAAUGGGCAGCAUUUUCGUAAUGUUGGGCAAAUAAGCAAUGCCAACCCUAUUUGCUACCCUGCUCUGCAAAAAGAAAUGGAUAAAGUAUUUAUUCAAUGAGUAGAGGUGUCUUCUGUUCAGAUCACUCUUCAAACCUUGUCUUAAUUGUUAGUGGAGGCAUCUUUCAGAUGCAAAUAGAAAUCUCAAAAAGGUUGAGAUUUCCGUCUGGUUUAAUGUAUUAAUUAGGAUGCAGACUGCAAGCCUUACUCCUUUAUGAUUAUCCUAGCUUAUGGCAUAUCUUUAUUUUUCACUGAACUUCGUUUUUCUGUUUACUUGGGAUAAAUGAAAAGGAGGAAAGUGAGGAAAUAGGUCCCAUGGGUGUAGGGAAUAAAAGAGUUAAAUCAACAAAAAAAACAAACCUAAUCACCCUUUUGUGCUUCACAAAUGAAGAACUAUAUUCUUACUGAAAUAUGAAUGGAGAUAUUCAAAAUAUUUUACUUUCUCCCCUUAUUGUCUUUACAUUUUCCUCAUAUUCCAGUAAUUAUAAAACGCUGGAAUAUUUUUUAGAAAACAUUUGAAAUAAUUUAUUGGAUUAUAUACCAUGAGAGAUACAAUGUGCGUUUUUCAAUGUGCACUUAUGUUAGUUGUAUUAAAUUAGCAAAGAAGUAAAACUGCGAGAAGUAAGGAUUUUCAUUUGCCUUAGGCAGGUUAGAACAUACCUCUUUGUUUUAAUAGAGUAAUCCUAUGGGUACACUGAGCAUUUCCGAUACUGUUUCUCUCUCUGUUCUUUUGUAAUAUGGUGCUAUUGAAUGUAUCUUUUUUUGAAAUUAUGGAACUUCCUUCAAGCCACUUUUAAAAGAAUUUUAGAUCUUUGACUUGCUUGUCUGUUUUAAACUUCAAUCCAAAUAAAUAUAAAUAACCCUAAACCCUUUGAAUACCUCCUUUAAGUACUGUCCUUGUAGCCGUGUAAAUGGUUUGAGUGAGGCUGAAUGAUGGUUGUCCUUCUGCUAUCUUGAGUUUCUUUCAUGUUUUCAUUUUUUUUCAUUUUUUUUCAUUUCUUUUUUUCGUAUUGUGAUACGAUUUGAAUUAUUUUGCUUGUAUGCUGUCCAGAGCCACUUUUUGUGAGAUGGGUGGUUAUAUAAAUUUGCUAAAUAAAUACAAUCUAAAUAUAAAAUUGCUAAAAAGGAAAAUUGCUAGGAAUAUCUUACAUAAUUAUUUUAGAAAUUUCGGUACGCAGCUAAAAUUCAGAUCAUAGUGUCUGGCUAUCAGAUGGUUUAGCCCUGAUGAAAGAGAUGGGGAUGGAAGAAAAGACUAAUCCAUAUAGCUGCCUACACCGAAUAUAAUUCACCCCUACCCAAUCAGUACACUGGUCUUCUGCCUUAUUAUGGACAGCAAAAUGUAACCCUACUAAACAGAUUCUGUGUAUGAUAUCAAAGCUGUAUUUAUUUUAUUUCAAGUUUUGUUGAACUGUAUUAAUUUCACACUGGGCUUUUGCAAGUUGAGAAUUAGGAAUUUAGACCCCAAAAAAGUUCUGAGCAAGUUUUAAUGAAACUACUGGCAAAUGAACAUUGGGUAUCACCAAUGAACUUAAUGCUUGAAUGUUUGAAAUUAAUACUGUUCCAUGCAAAAUUUAAUAGAAAGCAAAUGAUUGUAAUUAUUGCCCGUGUACUCUAUUUUUCUCUCGUUUCAGUUAAUGUUUGCUGUAUUUGCACUUUUGUAGCAUAAACUGGGAUUAUGAGGACCCAGAUUGUUGUGGGCAAUAUGCUGACUCUGUAAACCACCUAGAGUGGGCUGUAAAGCACUGGCAAGCAGUAUAUAAAUCUAAGUGCUAUUGCUGUUAGUAUGUGUUCAGUAGUAACAUGUUUUUAAUUUUGUGUGUGUAUGUAUGUAUGCCUAUUUAUAUUGCCUUAAUAUAAAUAGACAUUUUCUUCUUCUAAAACCUACAAUACUUUUAAAAAACUGUUGCAUGAAAUAUCUCCAAAUGGGCAAUAAUGCUUUGUUGGGGUGGUAGUCAUUGUUGUUUUUUAUUCCAAAAGUGUAUGUAAUAAGUUGUUUUCAUAAAUACUUCUGUAUUCUGUAUUUUAAAGAAGUAUACAAUACUUAUUUGAACUUUUUGAAAUGUAAUUCUUAAUCAGAACAUGGAAGAUGAGGAUAAACAACAGGACUUGUAUAGAAAUAUACAAAUAAAAAGGGGGCACAAUGAUAACCAAUUUCAAAUUCUGUAUCAGUGAAAAAGGUCAUUGCAUUUACAAACUCCUGAUAAUAAAAUACAAAUUUUUACUACAAAUUUCUAUUAUUUAACCUGUACAAGUUGGGGGCAUCCACCAAAAUUUGCACUUUCCAGAGAAAAAUCCAUCUUUUGACUUUUACUAUAGCUUUGAUCUGACUUUUCUCAACCACUUUACUCUGUGAGUAAAUUUGGCUCUGGUGCAUCAUGUGUUUUGUGCCCAUUUCAUGUGUGCUGCUUUCUCAGUAUAAGUAGCUCUUAGAACUUAACAUGUGUUUUUCUGUAAAAUUAUUGAUCUACACAUCUGGCAUUUCCAUGGCUAUAUUGUGCUGAUUAGAUUUACAGCUGCCAUUUUAUUUAGGCAAGACUUGUCACAAGGUUUAUUGAUUUAUUUAUUGGCAAUGCCUUAUAUUGUUCAGCAAUUAAGACUACUGAAAUUUGGAUAUGGCUCUAUUCUUCCACCAACUAAAUCAUGCAUGUUGUGUAAUUUAAGAUUUUUCUCUCUGCUUUUUGGUGGAGUUCCUGAUGGCCUUGAUACAUCUAUGAUAUCAGGAGAGAUACAGGAUUUGAUUCUUGUGAGAAAUUGGAAGAUCAAAAAUCUAUAAAAAUCUUAACUAGAAUAUUACAAAGACUCCUGCAAAUGUAAUUACUUUUAUGAAUGUUUAGUAUGUUUCAUUACCAGAUUAUGGCUUUUGAAUAUAACAUUCAUGAAUUGUAUAUUUAUGAUGAAGUAUCAUCUUUGGAAUGCAUCAACUUCACUAAAUGAAAGUUUAUGUUAUGACUUCCUCUGAAGUCACUUUUACCUUCCAUCAGGACAGCACAAAAACCCUUUGAAACUGAAAUUUGUUUGGAAGUUUGAAACUUUAAUUCUGACAAUAAUUUAUAUGGGUUUUCAAGUACCAACUAAUUGUUCUUGUGCUUGUGCACUUUAUUUGUUGAA